AAAAUGCGCCAAUUCCAAAAAACGCUUGAGGAUUUGACUUCACGUGUCGCCUCCGCUGAAGCAACAACAACAUCAUGGCAACCACCUGCCUCCGCACAGGAAGCCACCGAGCAAAUGCAACAUUUGCAACGUUUACGCGACAAAAUGACUACCGCCGGUGCACUGUUGGACGAUUGCAACGAACAGCAGGCAUUCUUUACCGCCAAUCAAGUAUUGGUGCCCGCUGUAUGCCUAUCAAGGCUAGAAGAUUUGAAUACAAGAAUGAAACUACUCCAAAUUGCAAUGGACGAACGUCAAAAGGUACUUUGCAAUGCUGGCGCAAAUCAGGCUUUGGAAAACGGUGAAGAUGGACGCACAACAUCGAAUAGUGGCACAAUCGGGCCAUUACCUAAUCUGGGACAGAGCGUUAAGCCGCCUUGGGAACGAGCAACGACAGCAGCCAAUGUGCCUUACUACAUUGAUCACGAACGCGAAACCACCCACUGGGAUCAUCCAGAAAUGAUAGAACUAAUGAAGAGCUUAGCCGAUCUUAACGAAAUACGCUUCUCAGCCUAUCGUACUGCGAUGAAAUUGCGCGCUGUGCAAAAGCGUUUAGCUCUCGAUCGCAUACCAAUGUCCACUGCCAUCGAAUCGUUCGAUCGUCAUUCGCUACGCGCACAAAACGACAAACUCAUUGACAUACCCGACAUGACAACCGUCUUGCAUUCGCUCUAUGUGACAAUCGAUAAAAUUGAUUUGACAUUAAUGUUGGAUUUGGCUAUAAACUGGAUAUUGAAUGUGUACGAUUCGCAACGUACCGGACAGAUACGAGUGCUGAGCUUUAAGGUUGGCCUCAUUUUGCUUUGCAAGGGCCACCUCGAGGAGAAGUAUCGUUAUCUAUUUCGCUUAGUUGCCGAUCCUGAACGCAAAGUUGAUCAAAGAAAAUUGGGUUUGCUGCUGCACGAUUGCAUACAGGUGCCACGCCAGUUAGGCGAAGUUGCCGCUUUUGGCGGCUCCAACAUAGAGCCUUCGGUGCUCUGUCUGGAACGCGCAGGCAUCUCACAAGAAGCUAUCGAUGCCAAUCAGGAAAUUGCCAUUGAACAAUCACACUUCCUCGGCUGGUUGCAACAUGAGCCGCAAAGCUUAGUCUGGAUGCCGGUGCUACAUCGUCUGGCAGCUGCCGAAACGGCCAAACAUCAGGCAAAGUGUAACAUUUGCAAAGAGUAUCCGAUAAUUGGAUUCCGUUAUCGUUGCCUCAAGUGCUUCAAUUUCGAUAUGUGCCAAAAGUGUUUCUUCUUUGGACGCAAUGCCAAAAAUCACAAACUGAGUCAUCCAAUGCACGAAUACUGCACAACG